AUGAUGGAACUGGACGACAAGUACGACGUAUGCGUUGUCGGUGCAGGGCCUGCCGGGCUCAUGCUAGGAGCUAUCCUGGCUAGGCUGGGGAUCCAUGUACGGUUGCUGGAUGAGCGGCCAGACCAGACGACGGUAGGACGCGCCGAUGGUAUCCAACCCAAGACCAUCGAGACGCUGCAGAUGAUGGGACUCGGGGAUGAGCUUCUGCGCAAGGGCGUCAAGGUGUACGACAUCUGCAUGUGGAGAGGCUCGAACGAAACCGACAUGAAGCGCAUGGGUCGCGAGGUCCACUACCCAGCCGACGUAGUCGACGUGCUACAUCCGUUCAUCCUUCUCUGCCACCAGGGCAUGGUGGAGAGCAUCUUUGUCGACGACCUCCGUCUCAGCGGCGUCGAGGUCAGCCGCAGCUGCAGCUUCACAUCCUUCGAAUCAUCAACAGACGAGGCGCCCCUCACUAUCGAUUGCCAGAUCACGGGUGACGGCAAGACGACUUUUACUGCCGACUACCUUGUCGGCUGCGACGGCGCUCGGUCCGCCGUCCGCAGCAGCAUCCCUGACACAUAUGCCCAGGGGACACCGCACAACUCGAUAUGGGGUGUGCUGGACGGAGAGCUGGACACCGACUUCCCCGACAUCUGGAGCAAGACGCUGGUGUACUCCGAGCAGCACGGGUCCGUGCUCAUGAUCCCACGCGAGCGCAACAUGACGCGCUUCUACAUCGAGAUGAAGACGUCGACGUCGUCCAAGGACCUGGGCCAGGAGUACGUCAUGGAGCAGGCGCGCAAGGUCCUGGCCCCGUACCGCGUAUCGUGGGUGUCGGUCGAGUGGUUCGGCAACUACGCCGUGUCGCAGCGCGUCGCAGCUCGCUUCAGCGACCCCCGGCUGCGCGCCUUCAUCGCCGGGGACGCCAGCCACACCCACAGCCCCAAGGCCGCACAGGGGAUGAACACGAGCGUGCACGACUCGUGGAAUCUCGGCUGGAAGCUCAACCUGGCCUCCCGAGGGCUGGCUAGUCGCGACGUCGUCCUGGGGAGCUACGAGCACGAGAGGAAGAAGAUUGCCCACGACCUCAUCAACUUCGACCUGGAGCACGCCAACGAGAUUGCUGCCGGGAAUCCGGAGAGCCUGGCUCAGAAUUUCCGCACCAACACGCGCUUCAUCUCCGGCGUCGGUAUAGAGUACGGCGACAAUGCCCUGAACAUUCCCCUUUCUGGACCUGCUGCUGGGGAACUCCUGCCGGGUCGUAACCUGGUCCCAGCCAAGGCCACGCGCUAUAUUGACGCCAACCCUGUCGACCUGCAGCUCGAUAUCCCUAUGCUCGGCCAGUUUCGAAUCUACUGCUUUGUCCCCGAUGUCAACGAUUCGGCCUCUGCGGAGUUCCUCUGCCAGCUCAAUGCCGGCAUCACGGCUUCUGAUUCCUUCAUGGCACGGGUGUCAAUCGCCGCCGCCCAAUCUUACAAAGAGAGGCCACGUGCGAAGCGUGAGGAUGAUGUGUAUCUCCGCCCGGAGAGGUAUACGAGUGUUAGCGAGCUCUUUUCGUAUUCUCUCAUCACCUCCUCGGACAAGAAGACGUUUGAGAUCUCCGACCUGCCCUCUCUAUUCGCAGGGAACAGGUGGACUGUGUACUUGGAUGACUGCGCCCAUCUCGAUACACAGAAGCGCUCUUGCACUGACAAGUGGGUUGGAGGCCUCACCUCUGAUGAAGUUGCCCUUGUCAGUGUGCGCCCUGAUGGGUACGUCGGUUCGAUGAAGACAUGCAAGGUGACCGAUGGGAAGGAGGCAGCUUCGUGGCUCAACGACUACUACUCUGCAUUCCUCCAAAUUCCGGGGACGGCAUAG